ACGCGUUCAUUUCUCGUACGUGAGGAUAGGCAGAUCGUCUCCACGAAAAAUCAUUUCACUCAUUUUGUAACUGGCAACUAGUCCUUUAGCAUCGUCAUCACACCGUUUUGUCAGAUUUUUUUUCUCGAAAAUUUUCGUCUCGUUCUCCGAAUUUAUUUGUCGAGUUUUUUUUAUAAUCCGGGGAUUUCGUGACAAAUAUGGAAGUGAUGAGAGAGUCACCGGGUUAUACUCACGUCAAAUCGCAUGGAAUUACUGGUGAAUCGGAGAGAACUAAUGUUAGAGAGUUACGAUCGGGCGUUCGGUAAUUUUCCGAAGUAAUUCUGGAAUCGAAAUUUUUUUGAGAAUUGAGGGCUGAUUAUGGAAAAGGAGAGGACAGGUGGAUUUGGGAACAGUGUCAUGUGUGAUGAGUGAUAAACAGGGUGUACCUACAGUGCCGCCCCUGCCUGGGGGUGGAGGUAACAAUGGUAGCAGCAGUGGUGGUGGUGGACAACAGUCAGUCAGUCUUCAGCAGGUAUUGGCGACACAGGGGCUCAAUGUCAUCACGACUGGAGCUGGACAACAUCUUGUCCUCACAUCGCAGGUGCCUGGUUUCCCCCAGGUCCUGCCAGCAUCGACAACAUCCUCGAGCCUGCAGCAGAUGGGUGUCACGAGAAUCGUAAACAUAAGUGGUGGCUCGCCACGUGUCAGUGUCGUGGGGGUGGCAAGCAGCAGUGGCACUCCCCUGUCAUCCCCGAGUCGUCAGAACUCCACGAAAGUCGUUCUGGCUACGUCCCCCAAGCUCGUGAGAACAACUCUAGGCAACAUGUUCCUGACCCCCACGUCAUCGUCCCCACCAGUGAAAAAAUUGAAAUUAACUGAUUCAACUGAGAAAACAACUGUUUUGGAUGACUCAGCUGGAUACAGAAGGCGUAUAAUGGAGCACAAAAUGCGGAGAAUGCGUGCAAUACGUGAGAAAUACGCGGAAAAUGCCAGUGAAUUGUUUUUUCUCAAUGCUGGGGGAAAUAUGAUGGAUUUUCAAACGUGGAAGAAACGAUCCAAUACACCGUCGUAUCUGCAUUUUUUGAGACAGCACAGGUUAGAUCCUGAGGAUGAUGAUGAGGAUUUGACGCAGCCACUGCCUCCAGAGGGACCCAUUGUUCUAGGGGGGAGUGGACAGGGGGCUGAGGUCAAGAUCACUGCGAGUGGAGCCACUCCUGUCGCUGUUUCAACUACUCUGCCUGCUGCUGUUGCUCAACUUAGUCAAGGUGGAACUCCAAUCGUUCCAACUCCCCUGAAGUCCUCGCCACCGGUAGCCUCAUCACCAGUGACAGAUAAAACCUCGCAAAUUCUCCAGAAGUCACCCUUAAAUCCAGCAACAGCAUCAUCGUCCCAGCCAGUUGUUAAGCUAGUUAAAUUGCCAUCAACAGCUCCAUCCCCAUGUGAUAAUCAGAGUAAUCAGGAGCAAAUUGUUGAGAAAGCUAAGCAAGAGGCCUACGUUAUGCAGAGGAUAACUGAACUGCAGAGGGAGGGAUUGUGGAGUGAGAGGCGAUUGCCAAAGGUGCAGGAGCCAGCGAGAACCAAGGCACACUGGGAUUAUCUGCUUGAGGAGAUGGUGUGGCUCGCUGCUGAUUUUGCACAGGAGAGAAAGUGGAAGAAAGCUGCUGCCAAAAAGUGUGCGAGAAUGGUGCAGAAGCACUUUCAGGAGAAGGCCAUUCAGGCGCAAAAGGCGGAGAAACUUCAGGAGUUGAGGCUUAAGAAAAUUGCUGGAUUUGUCGCGAAGGAGAUUAAAACUUUUUGGGCUAAUGUGGAAAAGCUGGUGGAGUUCAAGGCCCAGACAAGACUGGAAGAGAAACGUAAAAAAGCACUUGAUCAACACCUGAACUUCAUUGUUGGCCAAACCGAAAAGUAUUCAACCUGGUUGACGGAGGGUUUAAACAAGACUGAUGGUGCACAGAGUGUUCCUGCAUCGAUGAAUAGCUCGAGAAUAUCGUCCCCAGUGCCAGGUGAUAAACAUUCAGAUGAUGAAUUCGAGCCAAAUCAGAGUUCUGAGGACGACGAGGAGACAAUAGCUAAAGCUGAGGAGGAGAUGAAGUCUAAUCACAAGGAAGAGGUGGAGCUCCUGAAGAAGGAGUCAGAGUUGCCACUCGAGGAUCUUCUGAAGGAGUUGCCACCUAAUUACUUGGAGGAGAGGGAUAAGAGUCUGUCGCCAGAUCUGGGAAGUCAGGGGGAGGAGAGCAAUGCUGAUGGAGAGUUUCAAGUUGAUAGUAAUGAGUCUAGUGAUGAUGAGGACACGAUUAUGGAGCAGGAGAAGAGGGAGGGAGAGGUGGAUCAUCGGCAGGAGCUGGAUGAUUUGAAGGCUGAGAAUGAAAUGUCUGUGGAGGAACUCGUGGCUAAAUAUGGCACUGCUGAAGCGACACCCAUGGAGGAGGAUAGUGAUGACGAAGAGUCAGGAAAGGAGUCAGAGAAGGAUGAUGAUGAGGAUGCAGAGGAAAAGUCUGACAGUGAGAGUGAAAGUGGAGAUGAAACCAAGGACAAUGACUCCCAGGCCCAGAGUGACGAUGAGACUGGGAUUGGAUUGAAAUCAUUGCUCGAGGAUUUCUCCGGUGAUAAGUCGACGAAAAACAAUGCUGAUGCCUCACAAUCAGAGACUCACAAUGAGAUGGAUGAUGUCGCUGCACUUGCUGAGAGCAUACAGCCCAAGGGAAACACUCUUCUCACCACUAGUGUCGUUACAAAGAUUCCAUUCCUCCUAAAACACUCCCUCCGUGAAUACCAGCACAUUGGCCUCGAUUGGUUGGUGACAAUGCAUGAGCGUAAAUUAAACGGAAUACUCGCUGACGAGAUGGGUCUGGGUAAAACUAUCCAAACGAUAGCCCUGCUAGCUCACCUAGCCUGUGAGAAAGGCAACUGGGGGCCCCACCUGAUCAUCGUUCCCACAUCAGUCAUGUUGAACUGGGAGAUGGAGUGCAAGAAGUGGUGUCCAGGCUUCAAAAUUCUCACGUAUUAUGGAACGCAAAAGGAGAGGAAAGCGAAGAGGACAGGCUGGACGAAACCAAAUGCUUUUCACAUCUGUAUCACAUCUUACAAACUCGUUAUUCAGGACCAUCAGAGCUUCAGGAGGAAAAAGUGGAAGUAUUUGAUACUCGAUGAGGCACAGAACAUCAAGAAUUUCAAGUCUCAGAGGUGGCAGUUGCUCCUAAAUUUUCAAACUCAGAGGCGGUUGUUGCUCACUGGUACUCCCCUUCAGAACAAUCUCAUGGAGCUCUGGUCACUGAUGCACUUCCUAAUGCCAAAUGUAUUCCAAUCUCACCGAGAAUUCAAAGAGUGGUUCAGCAAUCCAGUGACUGGAAUGAUCGAGGGCAACAGCGAGUACAACGAAAAAAUCAUCCGUCGUCUCCACAAGGUACUUCGUCCCUUCCUCCUUCGCCGAUUAAAAUCCGAAGUGGAGAAGCAGCUCCCAAAGAAGUACGAGCACGUGGUAAUGUGUAGACUAUCAAAACGCCAGAGGUUUCUCUACGACGACUUCAUGUCACGAGCAAAAACGAAAGAGACACUAGCCAGUGGAAAUCUCCUCAGUGUCAUAAAUGUUCUUAUGCAACUGCGAAAGGUCUGCAAUCACCCAAAUUUAUUUGAAGUUCGACCCACAGUUUCUCCAUUCCAAAUGGAGGGCAUUGAGUUUGUGACGUCAUCGUUAGCCUGGCAAGCCCUGGACUACGAUCCCUUCAAGCACAUUGACCUCAGCUGCUUAAAUCUACGUCUAGUCGAUCUGGAGGUGACGUUGACUGCUUUUGUAGCACACAGAGUGAGAAAACUUCAUACUCCACGUAAAUUAAUCGAGGAAAUUGACAGCCAACCACCACCACCACCCCGUUGUCCCUCUGGAAAAAUAAAAAUCAAUGUUAGACUUUCUAAUCAGGCAAAAGCACCUCCCAUUACUCCACAAAAUUCACAGACUAAGUUGAGAAAUUUUGCGGGAAUUCUGCCUAAUCCUAAAGUUGGAACUUCACCGUUGGUCAAGGGGGGAAAUAAUCAGGCUAGUCCUGGGCAGGGAGUCACCCUCAAGGUCGCCAGUGGACAACAACUGCAAGGCUAUUCUGUGCAACUGGUGCAGCAUGCUGGGACUGUUAAAGCAAUACCAGUCGGUCUGCCGCACCCCCCAGCGUCAUCAGCCACGACGACUCCCCAACGAAUAACCAUGAGCAAUACAAACCUCCGAGACGGUCUCCCCCGUCUAGCCACUCAAACCGUAACCGUGAAGCAAGGUGACUCCCUCCAGAGGAUAGCAGUCCCCAGUUUCGCCCAGCUCGUGCAAACCUCCACCGGUCGUCACCUCAUAAUCACCUCCAACACCCAGAACACAACGACCAUGUCCUUUCCAAUGGUUACCUCCAGUGGUCAACGCCUGACAGUUCUCUCCCCAAAGCUGACAAAUCUCUCCCAAGUUGUGACAUCAGUGGGUGGUCGCCCAGUGAUGAGGGUUCCCCCUCUGAACGUCACACCCCCUCAGCCCCCAAUUCGCUGUGAAAUCGUCACCAGGACCUCCAAGGAGUCCUCAAAGAGGCCCUCCAAGGAGCCCCCAAAGUCAGAAUUUCACCUCCAAGACCUUGACACCGAUCGCUCGCACAGACGAGCCUCAAAACUCCACACGAUAUCCACAAUAAACGAGAGACGCUGUGCAGCAUGUCCACUCUAUGGUGAGGAUCUCUUCACAGCCCUGAGAAUUGAAAAACCCUCCUCGAGGUGUCGUUGGCACAACGGAUGGCUCCAGUGCACCUCGAAGAAGCUCCCCAAACGACGAAAGGACUACUUCACCUCGACAGAGGCUCUAGCUGAGGCCAUUAAGUCAACAGAGCAGAUUGUCGAAGAGCUUAAAGUCGUCUUCGAGAGGUUCGUGGUGUACGUACCAGCUGUCAAUGCCCCACUCCCCAAGUUCCACGUGUCCCAUCCACCUCCUCACAAACUCUGGGCCCAGAAGAGGCUGGAGAACGUCUUGGACAGAGGAUUGAGUAAUAAAGUAAAGAUACUUCAUCCCAUUGCCAGAGCCAUGAGCACCCAGUUCCCAGACCCCAGGUUGAUUCAGUACGACUGUGGAAAGCUUCAGAGUCUCGACAGGUUGUUGAGACAGCUGAAGAGUGGGGGCCAUCGAGUGCUCAUAUUCACACAGAUGACGAGGAUGCUGGAUGUACUGGAGGCAUUUCUCAAUUAUCAUGGGCAUAUUUAUUUGAGGCUAGAUGGAGCCACCAGGGUAGAUCAGAGACAGAUACUCAUGGAGAGGUUUAACAACGACAAGAGGAUAUUCUGUUUCAUUCUGUCUACGAGGUCUGGGGGCGUUGGUGUCAAUCUCACUGGUGCUGAUACUGUUAUUUUUUACGAUAGCGAUUGGAAUCCAACGAUGGAUGCACAAGCUCAGGACAGGUGUCACAGAAUUGGACAGACAAGGGAUGUUCAUAUUUACAGGCUCGUUAGUGAGAAGACUGUGGAGGAGAAUAUUCUGAAAAAGGCCAAUCAGAAGAGAUUGCUGGGUGAUCUGGCUAUUGAGGGGGGCAAUUUCACUACUGCUUACUUCAAGAGUUCCACCAUCCAGGAUCUGUUUGAGGUGGAUAACGAGGGUGAUGCCAGUGUCAGGAUGGCAGAGGUGUUGGAGCAGCAUAGGGAGAGGGAGAGGGGGGUUAGAGAGGGAGUCGUCGAGGAGAAGAGUGCCAUGGGGGCGUUGGAGAGUGCUCUUGCUGCUGUUGAGGAGGAUCUCGAUGUUCAGGCUGCUAGGACUGCCAAGGCUGAGGCUGUCGCUGAUCUUGCUGAGUUUGAUGAGAAUAUUCCCCUGGAGGACGGCGAGAAGGAGGAGCCACAGAUCAGUAAAGCUGAGUUGGAGGUGCAGAAUCUGGUUUCACAGCUGACCCCAGUGGAGCGCUACGCAAUGCGUUUCGUGGAGCUCUCAGAGGGCGCCUUCUCGGCAGCUCAGCUCGCCGCAGCGGAGCGCGAACUUGAGCAACAAAAACGCGAAUGGGAGCUGGACCGCCUGCGUGCCCUCCGCGAGGAGGAGGAGCGUCGAAUGCGCCUGGCAGACGACGACGAGAAGCCCCUCACCUUCAGCCGUGAGGACUCGCAAAAUCAGGUGUGGCUGUCGGAUAACACUAUGGAGCAAAUGCCUAUGUGGUGUCCACCGACGCCUCCGACCUCCGACAACGAUGUGUACAUAGACUACUCCCUGGGCUUCCUCUACGAGAACACCCCGAUCCCCGAGUCCCAGUUGCCCCCAGUCUACACCAAGAAGGACCCGAAGAGGCCACGAGUGGAGCUCCCAGCGGAUCGCGAUGGUCGAGACGGUCGCAGACCGACGAAAAUCCGUCACAAAGAGGACUCUGUCUACGCCCCCAGAUCCCUCUUCGAUCGUCCCUCCCCAGCCCUCAUAAAAAUGCGAAGGGACAUGAAGCUCCACAAGUACAGAACCAUCUCUCGUCCCUCGAUUCAACUUCCAGGAUCCAGACCCUCUCUCUCACGCCCCACGACUGAAACGGAUCACGUGCUGGAGUGGAUGGUCCACGAGGACUGGGCACUCCUCCAGGCGAUCCAGGUUUACCAAGGACUCCCCCUGAAUCUCGUCAUUCUGUCACCUGGACACACCCCAAAUUGGGAUCUCGUCGCUGACAUCGUGAACAACACUUCUAGGAUCUAUCGAUCCCCCAAGCAAUGUCGCACUAGGUAUGAGACGGUUAUCGUACCUCGAGAGGAGGGAAAACUACUGUAUGAUAACACCCCCAAGAAGCAGAAGAAGCAGAAGGGGGGAAUGUACAAAAUUCCUCCAAUCACUGAACAACAAGUCAAAGCGAACAGGCCUGUGCGUACAUGUCAACUUUACAAUCAAGAUAAGAACAACUCCUUCACGAUGAUGUGCUGUCAACGUUUCGAUACCAUCAAGACAAUUGGCAAUAAACGUACAACCGUGACAAAACCAGCUGUUGUCAAUCCCAUGAUGAGGAAUCCCAAGCAUGCAGCUGUAUUGGCUGAGAAUGGAGUGCAGUAUGACAGUCCACUAGCACCUAUUGACGUUGCCACUAGACGAGCUGAAAGAAUAGCUAAGGAGAAGCAGAAGAACAAUGUCAAUACCGUCAUAACCCCUGAACAACAGCAAGCAGCAGCAGCACGUUUAGCUCAAGCCCAACAACAGCAACAGCAGCAGCAACACCAAUCUCCCCAACAACCUCCCCCCACCCAGUCCCCAGUGCCUCCUCCGACCACAGCGCAAACCCCUCAACCUCAACCUCAACCCCUCACCCCCACCACGCAACUACCUCAGCUCCCCUCCACGCCCCCCACAACGUCAAUCCCACCCCAGAAGUCCCUCCCUGCUAAUUCCACCACAAACAACGCAAUCGUCGCAACCACAGUGAAGACACGUCCAGGCGUCCUGACCCUGUCUGACCAGCGACAGACCCCAACAGUCGUCAGUGUCGGUAAUCUCCAGCCAGGUCAGCGUUCAGCCACUGCGAACAUCGUCUCCAGCGCGCAGAAUCCCACAGUCACCCAGAAGGGGAUCAUCAAUGUUCCGAUGACGGGCGCCUCCACGAAGACCCUGACUCCAGCUCAGGUCCAUGUGUAUCGACAGCAGAUGCUGCUCCGUCAGCAGCAGCAACUCAAAGCUUUACAGGCCCAAGCCUCCGGCCAAAAGGUCUCAGUAGCUGUAACUGGAGUCCAGCAGAGAGCCACCCUGAUGAAGCAAGGUGGUGUAAACGUCGGCAAACCCGUCACCAGGACCGUCACCGAAGCGGAGAUGGCGACCCUACUAAAGCAACAAGCAGUGAUGCAACGUCAACAACAACAGAAGACAGUCACCCAGGUGCAGGUGCCCGGUCAGAUGACGACGCUGACCCCAGCCCAGUUGUUCGCCCAAGCAGGCCUCCAGCAGGCGGGGCCCUCCACAGGAUCCCCCGUUGCAACUCUAGUUAAAACCGCCAAUGUCACUGGAGUGAGGACAGCAACACCUCAGCAAAUUCGUCAGCUGCAGCUGCACCCGCAGAUCCUCACCCAGAGGAAGCUGCCAGGCCAGAAGGUGGCGCAAUUGGCUCAAGUCGCUGGUAAGGCUGGGGUCCAGACCCAGUUGAUCGUCCAGCAGAAGUCACUGCCUGCUACUAUGACUGUCCAGCAGAUCCAGCAGGUGAUCAAUAGAGGGGUGCCCCCCCAGGGGCUGCAAGGAUUCACCCAUGUGUCCACUGGGCAAGGGGUGAGUCAACCUGGACAGAUGGUCUUGGCGAAGUCCCCCAUCCAGACGAGGGUGAUACCUGUCAGUGUUGCUGGGGGCAUCAAACAGGCCAUACAAGUGGUGGCUGCCAGCAAUCCCCAGCUGAGGCAGGCGACACCAUCCUCGGGGAAGCCCAUUGUCACCACGGCUAGGGUCAGCCCUGGACCGAGUCAACAGGUCAGACUGCAGAGUGUCCAUCAGGGGAUCCAUCAGCAGGGCCAGGGACAGGGGCAGAACCAGGAUAACCUCCAGAAAUAAUUCUUCUCGUUUUCUUUUUUCUUUUAUCGGAAGCUGUUUUUUGGGGCGAGGGAGGGGGGCUUGUUGAGUUUCAAACAUUCCAUGGGGUUUUGAGGGAGAGUGGGAGAUUCCUUUGUUUAUUUUUUCUUUUGAAGAUGUCUGUUGAUGUUCAUAGAUGGUUUGGUUAUGUAACGGUGAUCCUUUAAUGUAUUAUAUUCGUGUAUCAUAGAUUAAAUAAAUAGAUAAUUGAUGAUAAUUAA